AUGCUCGACCAGCUCUCGCCCGUUGCUUCAGCAAGAGUGCGAGCUGUCCUCCUACCAAUUGGUCAAAUCAAACGCGCCAGAUUUCUCAGCUUCGUGGAGAGGCUACAACCAGAAAAUGUUGUGCGACUGGGCGAUAUCAGUCCAGAUGGACGGCCGAACAGGAAUAUGUUCUCCCCUCUCGGCUUUGCAAUGGGAAUGAUAGUAUACGACCUCACUACCUUUUAUCCGCCUCCUUCACAUGUUGCACUCUCUCCAUUCGAACUCUACCGCGAACCUCUCGUCAUCAUUGCUCUGGCAGAUGGCGCAGAAUUGGACCACGUCUCAUAUCGAGGAAACAGGAGAAGUCUCAAUGGAAAUGGAGUUCCCCGGCCAGAGCAUAAUAUGAGGGAACUAUACCAAGAUCUGGAGGAUUUGAGAGACAGAUACCCAAAGGCAUUGGUACACCAGAUAUUGUUAUUCGAUCAUGAUCAGGGCAAAAGUACCGCAACCCUGCCCGAAGGACUUGUAGCGGUGCCACCACCGGAAGAUUGUAAGAGAACCACAAUGAAAACAGUAAUGUGCGAUAUAUCGUCGUUGCUGCUAGCGGAAAUGACUACUCUGGCAAAGUCACUCCAAGCUUUACCAAUCGAAUCUCCAAGUCAGUCUCAGAUUAGUCGACAGCAAAAUGGAGCCUGGCAACAAGGGCAAUCAGAAGCAAUCUCGCGCCGCAAUUCUCAGUUUUCGCUACCUGCAGACUCCCGUUCUGCUUCUCCUGGAGGAAGCUUGGACAGGAGUCAUGUUCGGAUGUCUAUGCCAGCACAGCUACAGCGCGCGAAUUCCACGUCCUCAUCACCUGCUGGCAGAUCGGGCAGUCCUGCAAACGGAGUCGCUGGGGCUCGCCAGACCACUUUUGAUGAUAUCGCGGGCCCAGGUGUGAAAGAUCCAAAAAAUGCGCAAAAGAGUGUUCCAUCUCGGUUCGCAGGAGGCGACCCGAUCCGAGAUACCAGCCAGGACCGAGUCUCUGUCCAGGGAUUCGGCUCCAACAGUAUCAGUGAAAGGUCGAGAAACAAAAACAAGGGUCGCAUUGGUAUCGUCAUUGGGUCACUUUAUAUGACAGCAGGCAGAUGGCCAGAUGCCCUGAAAGAAUUGGUGGAAGGUGCUUCUAUUGCGAAAAAUAAUCUUGACCACUUGUGGCAUGCGAAAGCUCUUGAUAACAUUUUGGUCAGCAUGCUCAUGCUUGCCUGGGCGGGAUUAGACUUUCAAAUCCCCCAAGUUUGCUAUGUGUCUGUGGACAAAGCUCCGUCGACUCCAAACUCGCAUGAUCAAAGGGGACCAGCAAGUAAUCGGCUCGUCUCCUUACAUAAUUUGACGGUGCUUUUGCCAGAGCUACUGGACAGGAUCCUCAACUUGUACGCUAGGUCAGCUAACAACACUGGGGAGGCCUUGCCACAAUUUCCGUUUUCCGAAUCGGUAAUUCGGUUCGCAAAGCUUCUGACAGCGGUUCAUUUAGCUGGAGGGACAGUAAAUGAUGAUGUGUUGCAGUUUUUGGUUAUCGGGACACCAUACAAAACGCCAGCGAACCUAAAAACGCCACGGCUGAACAUACAUCCAACACGAACAGAAAUUGCUACAACUUUAAUGCGAGCAUUUCCAACCUCAUCGUCGCCGGAAAGCUUAUCGCUUGUUGACCGGACUAUAGUUUUGAGCGGAAUCGGGUCUGUCCUUGGGUCACUCGGUUUUCACAGGAAAAAGGCUAUGGUGCUGCGAGAGCUUGUUGCUGUCAUAAUACCUGGUUUAGUGCAGGCCCGCAUUAAGGGUGCUGCGGAUAUGGGCGUUCAUCCUGCUGCUGGACUGGCUGCCCUUAGCUCUGCCAAUGGGAAUGCAAAUGGAGCUGGAGCUCUCGACCUUGGCGAGGGAGAUGUUGAAGCAGGCGUCGACACUUUCCUGGGUUUGCUUGGCCAAAUUUACGGCGUGGUAACUUCAAAAGCCAACACGGGGGAGGAUGGCUUGGUCGACGAUUCUGACGAAGCAGCUAUUGAGAGGAUAUUGCAUAAUGCAAACGUGCGAUCUUUCGGGGGCCAGAGUCUGAAGAUGGAUGUUCUUCGCUCUUGUAUCAACAUAUGCGAGGCACUACCAGACUUCCACGGUGUUUUGAGGUUCACAACCGACUUAUUAAGGACUGCUGGCAGCGGAGUAGCCCCAGGACCUCGUAGCGAGGACGCUUCUCCUUUAAUAAGCCGUGAAGAACAAGUCAGACUUGCAACGAACAUAUCCAGAACUUUGAGUGCAGCCAGAAACCUUGGCGUGAAAGAUCUCCAGGCUGAAUAUUGGGACGAGUUCUUGGUACGUGGCGUGGAACUCGAGCCUCUACAAUCAACCCGAACACCAAUUCCACACACAAAGAGCGAAUUGCCCGGGGCAACUGCUGUGUCGGAAGCUCGGGAAGUCAACCCUUUCAUUUAUAAUCCUUUUCUACGAACUCCAGAGGCAGCAGCUGUGGAUCAUCUUCUGGUAGCAGGAGAGGGUGCAGUAUUUCGAGUCACACUUCAGAAUCCAUAUGAGUUUGAUAUUGAAAUUGAAAGCAUCAAGCUUGAAUCAGAAGGGGCAGAGUUUGAGUCAGCAAUACAAAAAACAGUCAUUGGACCAUAUAGAACACAGAUUCUCACGAUUCUUGGGACCCCCAAGGCGGCAGGCCAGUUCAGGAUAACAGGUUGCAUAAUUCGUGUUCGAGGAUGCAGGGAAAGACGAUUCCCAAUAUUCGACUCACCCUGGUCACCCCAACGAGAGCUUAAGGUCAAAACCAUUGGAGUUGCAAGUCUAUUCAAACCAAAAGACCGUCCGAUCAGUGUCAGUUCUGGACCUGUCACAACGACGCCUGCCAUGGUUCCUCCGAAACCUUUCUCUCUGGGCCUCAGUGUUAUCGAGAGGCAACCGGUCGUGGUUGUGAAGUCAACAAGCCUUUCUCAAUCCGCUUUGAUGGUCCUAGAAGGCGAGCGCCAGGUAUUUUCAGUGACGUUGCAAAAUUUGUCCAAAGAGACACCAGUGGAUCUUGUGCUUUUCUCCUUUAAGGACUCAACCCAAACACCACUUCAAACUGCUAUGAGUAAUCGCGACGCAUCACCUGCAGAGCUCUACGAGUGCGAGCUUAUAUUUGCUCGUAAGCAAGCAUUACGCUGGAAAAGAACCGACAAUGAGCGAAUUUACAUUGAAGCUGGUGGAACUGCUACCUUCCAGGUCGAGGUUCUUGGACGGCCCGGAUUAACAAGUGCUAUUGUCCAGAUCGACUAUGCUCAUCUUGGCGUCCCUGCAACAGAGAUCCAGGAGAAGUUUCACACUCGGCAAGUCAGUCUACCACUCACGGUGACUGUCAAUGCCAGUGUCGAAUUGGCUAGAAUCGACAUUCUUUCUCUUACUGGGAGUAUCCCACGCUCACUAAGGUCAACAUUUGAAACGACGACGGCUCUCGACGAGGAUCUCAAGCCCGAAGAUUACUGUCUGAUCUUGCUUGAUCUGCGGAAUGCAUGGCCUUCACAUCUUCAUGUCCAUUUGGAUAUCGCGAAUGGGGGGUCAAUUGACGAGGAGAUCCUUCCUGGUAACACCUCACGUAUCAUGUUUCCUAUGCGUCGGAUAUUCCUCGAAGAUCCGUCGGCGUCGAUUCCUGCCCUAGACCCCUCACGAGCGCGACAAUUUGUUGUCAGCACUGGUCGAGUAUCAGCAGAUUCCGAACGAGCCAGUCGAGAAGCAUUUUGGUAUCGAGAAGAGGUCCUAAAGAUGUUACAAGGGACUUGGGCUACAAAGUCAGGGCCACAUCGUCAUGGGGAUAUUGAACUGCGCGGAGUCAGAUUGAGCCAGCGCAUGAUCGAGGCUGUCAAGAUUGAUGAUAUCGGGAUCGACCUCUCCAUUAAUGGCAAUACCGCUUUGAAGCACGAAAUGAUAACAGACGCAUUUUCGGAACUAAAGGUCCGAAUCACCAAUCGGACUAAUGAGUCAAUCAAUCCACUCCUACGUCUCCAACCGUCUCUUCGCAACCAGCCUCAUAACAUCUCACUGGACCUCUCUAAGAAACUCGUGUGGAACGGAGUACUGCAACAAACCUUGCCACCACUGGCAGGUAAAGACUCCAUUGAGAUCAUCUUCGGCGUCACAGCACUCGCGCGAGGGGAGUUCGACAUCGGUGCCUCGGUCGAGGAGACCCAGCUGAAGGAAGAGCCCAAGAAUCCAGAGAAAAGCGAGGGCGGCGGCAGACCAAGAGCCAAUACUCGCACGAUGAUGGAUGCAGUGCUCGGCGCAAGAGAAAGGCGAAUCUGGCAUUCUAGAGAACCCUGUCGGGUCGUAGUUAGAGAUGAGGAGAGUGGUGAUGAAGAUGAUGAUCGUGACGAGUAA